AUGAAGUCUUUCGGUCUCUUCAGCAUUAUAGUUGCCUCCGCCUUGCUUCCCGCAACUCAGGCAACCUGGUGUCAAUUCUUCUACGACAGCGGCUGCUCCAACAGCGCCAACGGCGACACCAACUUCGAUUGUGCUAACCACAAUGUCUUCGGAAGCGGUGGAGGCUACGCCAAGUGUCAUGGCACGAAAGGAAGCAAACAAUCAUGCUUGAUCGAUCGAUGCUCCGACGGGUCAUGUGCAAACAGUGAAACAUUUAACGUCGCUUCGGACGAGUCCUGUGUCGGCAUGGGGGGCGCGGGGCCAUACUAUAAAAUAUAUUUCGCCUAA